CUGCCACAGUCUGUCACACACACACACACACACACACACACAGCGAGCAGGAGAGUGUGUGGAGACGAGGACGAUGGCAACGGUGGGACAGAAGGUGGUUCUGAUCACCGGAUGCUCCUCCGGAAUCGGGCUGAAGAUCGCAGUUCUCCUCGCCAAGGACGAGAACCAGAGAUACCACGUGAUAGCGACGAUGAGAGAUCUAAAGAGGAAGGACAAGCUGCUGGAGGCAGCAGGAGAUACGUACGGCAAAACGCUGUCCCUUCUCACCCUCGACGUCUGCAGCGAGGAGUCCGUCAAACAGUGUAUAAACAACGUCAAAGACCGGCAUAUAGAUGUCCUGAUUAAUAACGCAGGAAUCGGACUGGUGGGGCCAUUGGAGAGUAUCGGGAUAGACGAGAUGAAGAAGGUAUUUGAGACAAAUUUUUUUGGAGUUAUACGAAUGAUAAAAGAAGUGAUGCCCGAUAUGAAGAAGCGCAGAUCUGGACACAUCAUUGUCAUGAGUAGCGCCAUGGGACUGCAAGGUGUGGUAUUUAAUGAUGUCUACGCUGCCUCUAAGUUUGCGAUGGAAGGAUUCUGUGAAAGUCUGGCUGUUCAGUUGCUGAAGUUUCAUGUCAAGAUGUCCAUGAUUGAGCCCGGUCCCGUCCACACAGAGUUCGAGAUGAAGAUGUUGGAGGACGUUUCUCAGAAGGAGUACCCAGGAGCUGACCCAGACACUGUCCACUACUUCAAAAAGGUCUACCUGCCAUCGUCUGUGGACAUCUUUCAGACAUUGGGACAGACUCCAGAUGACAUUGCCAAGUGUACCAAAAAGGUGAUUGAGGCGAGUAAUCCCCGGUUCCGGAACCUGACGAACCCGCUGUACACACCCAUCGUGGCGUUGAAGAUGGCAGAUGAAACAGGGGGGCUAUCAGUCAAUGCCUUCUACCACCUGCUCUUCAACCUGGGGGGACUGAUGCACAUCAGCAUGACGGUACUCAGGUGGAUGACCUGCGGGUGCUUACGCAGCCGGACCAUCUCACCCAAUUAACGAAAUGAGCUGAGAGACAGUGAGCCAGCAACCAGAGGAUUACCGGGGCUGCAUCCAAACCUCAUGGUUAUUAGGGUAUUAGAAACCUUGGAGCAGUUGAACAGCAUUUUUCUUUUGUUUUAUUUGUGCUAAUAAUGUAUAUUCUGAACAGACUGUUCUGGUAAAACCUAAUUAACUGACUUAUCAAUCUACUCAGGCUUUAGUAGAGCUUAGUAUCCUUACUGCCAUAUGCCGAUUCUAAAGCAAAUUUUUUUCAAGUGUUUAUGUAUUUGUUCUUCUCAUUCUAGAUAGCAAAUGAACCAGUAGACCUUACCAAGAAUGUUCUAAUACAAAAAUGUUGGAAUUAAUGCUUAUUGAGAUUUUAAGUGAUUAUAAAAUGUUAUUGAUGAACAAUGCUUAUACUUAAUGCUUAUAUUGUUAUUAUUAUUAUUAUUAUUAUUAUUAUUAUUAUUAUUAUUGUAUUAUUAUUGUUCUUCUUGUGUUUUUUCUGGUUGUGCAUUUAAAAUAUCCUCCUACUGCUGCCUCAUUAUGACUGGACCUGAUGUUCUUUAGCAAUGUUAGCUAGCACAGUCAAACAAUUUACAUUGAAUGUUCAGCAACAGAUUCAACUUUAAUGUUGUAUCCAGACAUGUAAUGUAGCAAUGUAAUUUUCAAUUGUCCAUUGUUUUUUCUGGGCACAAUGAAAUUAUAGUAUAUUUGUGUGUUUAUCGUUGUAUUGUACAGUAUGGGUGUAUUUCAGUGAUUUGCAUUUUGUACUGAGUGUAAAAUUAAGUAAAUAAAAGUGAAAAAGACCAUAAGAAAAUGUA